AUGCUCGCAACAGGCAGGGAUACAACAUGGAAGCCGAUGCGUAGUAACGAAUCAGGACCAGUUAAUGUAACAAGCAAUCUACCACCGCACUCAAAUCGAUCAUCUUCGGAGACAAUCGAUUCAAAGGGGUUAUUUCGUUAUGUAUCGUUGUGGCUAUCACGAUGGCUUUGGUUUCUUACGCCUACCAACAUUGUCGGAUUGGGAGUUAUUCUUUUCAUAGCUGCUGUGUUCAAACACGCCUUGCCUCAAGAUAUGUUACCAAAGUCUGGAUUGGUGCGUUAUGAAACCGCACUCGACACAGCCCAUCUAAUGGAAAUGCGUUUGGAAAGGUUUGAAAGGCAACAAUUUAUGCAGCAGGCAAGCAGUCUUUUACCACAGGCUUAUCUCGGAAAACUCCAAAGAAUAGAACAGACAAUGCGCAACUCAAUAGAGCAAGUCCGUACGGAAGUUCGUUAUUCGAUUUCUGAGCUACGCUCCGUAAUGGAUAAAUAUAAAAUCGAGAAAGAGGAACUCGCUCAUGCAGACUCACGAAAAUUAGCCAGUCAGAUUUCCUCUCAUCUGAGGACUUUGGAAGGGCAACUGAAUAAUCGCUUGGCUGAGGUAGAAGCCCAAAUCACGGUAGCUAGUGAAGGUAUACGUGCGGCUACGAAUACAUGUUCGGCGACAUCAUCUUCGAGAGCAGUGGAAUAUUCUGUCGAGAAAAAACGAGGAGCUGUCAAUUUAGCUAGCAGGUCACACGGUGCAUUUGUGGUUCCGCAUUUAACUUCAAAAGCUGUUUCCUCGGACUCCGCCCUCUACAAUUUCUUCGGCACUCUUUUCGGGCUAGAAACGUACAAUUUCGCAAUUACGGAGCGCACCCACAUUAUGCCAUCCGAAGCAUUUUGUUUCGAAGGUUCAGAAGGCAAAAUCACGAUUCGCUUAUGGUCUAAUGCGAGUGUGGAUGCGGUUGUCUAUGAACAUGACUACUGGCAUGAUAUCGUUCCAAUUAGCGCACCUGACCGGUAUGAUGUCUUGCCUAAGUUGAAGUUCCUGAGAAUAUUUCAAAUUCAACAGGCAUGUAUGGAUCGUGAAUGCGAAAAUGUUAGCCUUCUAGCAGAGUGCCGUUACCCUGUGAAUGAAAAAGACGGGCCUUCUCAAAUUUGUGAAGUACAGAAUCGAUCUUCUCCAACUGAUCAAGUGCAAGUGAUAUUUCGAACAAACCAUGGUCAAAAAUAUACUUGUGUCUAUCAACUAAAAGUGCUCACCUGGGAUUAG